CCGCCCCCCGCUCUCGGGGCCCUCCGCCCGGAUGGACCAACAGAAACAGCCACAGGACUCGCACCGCCACCUCGUCAUCACCAUCCACCAGAGCGACAAGGUCGACAAGGGCGAGGCCGGGGAGGAGGCUGGCCACCACAAGCACCGGGCCGGCGAACCCAACUCGGAGGCGAAUGCCCACAGUGGUGGCCGGGGAGCGAACCAAGAGGACGGAGGUCUUCAAGGUGGUGCCCGUCUUCACGGAGGCGGCGGCAGCCUUCAAGUAGGCGGAGGUCUUCAAGGCAGCGCCGGUCUUCAAGUGGGCGGCGGACUUCAAGGAGGCGGAGGUCUUCAAGGCGGCGCCGGUCUUCAAGUGGGCGGCGGAAUUCAAGGAGGCGGUGGUAUUCAAGGAGGCGGAGGUCUUCAGGGAGGAGGCGGUCUUCAAGUGGGUGGUGGUCUUCAAGGAGGCGGUGGUCUUCAAGGAGGUGGAGGUCUUCAAGGAGGUGGAGGUCUUCAGGGAGGCGGUGGUCUUCAAGGAGGCAGCGGUCCCGAAGGAGGCACGAAAUACCAACCUCAGGGAGGGGGCGGUCUUCAGGCGGGUGGAGGCUUUCAAGCAAGUGGGUCUGUCCAAGCUGGCGGGGUCGGCCUUCAAGCCGGGGGCGGCCUGCAGGGCAGCGCGGGCAUCAACGCAGGCGGGGGCGGCAUCAGAGCGAAUGCCGGUGGCGGCGUCCAGGGCAGCGCGGGUCUCCUGGGUGGGCCAGGCCUUCAUGCCGGCGCCAGUCUUCAUGGCGGCAUCGGCCUCCAGGCCGGGGCCGGGGCUGGGGCGCAGGGCGACGCGGAGGGUGGCGGUAAACUUCAAGGCGGGCUGAACGCAGGCAUUGGUCUUCAAGGCGGGCUGAACGCAGGCGCGGGUGGUGGCGGGCUGAACAAAGGUGGCAGUCUUCAAGGCGGGCUGAACGCAGGCGUUGGUCUUCAAGGCGGGCUGAGCAAAGGCGGCGGCGUUCAAGGCGGUCUGAACGCAGGCGUCGGUCUGCAAGGCGGGCUGAACGCAGGCGCUGGCGGUGGUGGGAUCAGCUUAGGGGCUGGACUGGGUGUCCAGGCAGGGGCCGGCCUCCAGGCGGGCGGAGAUGCACGAGGCAGCGCCCAAGGACAAGUAGGCCUUCAAGGAGGCCGGCAGAGCGCGCUGAGCGUCGGCCAGGCGGGCGCGGGCUUGAGCCAGAUCAGCCAGAUGCCGGCGGAGCAGGUGGACCUCGGCGCGCUGUGCGUCCUGGCGUCCAUGCAGCGCAACCUGCCCUCGCCGCCGGAGUCGUUCGGCUCCAUCAUGAAUAGCCUCAACUUCCAGAACCUCGGCCGAUCGUCCCGGCCCGCGGCGCAGUCGUUCGUGGCGCGGCUGCUGCAGGGCACGCGCAGCGCGCUGGGCGGCUCGGCGCCGGGCGCCUUGACGGGGCCCAACGUGUUCCAGCCGCCACCCGGGGGCCGCCUGCUCGAG